AUGCCAUCAAGUCGAACUCGCAAUAGAAAGGAACGGAGCUGUCCCUGGUGCUCUCAGUCCUUCACUAAGGAGGACCAUCUCUCUCGCCAUAUUAGAACCCACACAAAGGAGAGACCGUUUGCUUGUUCCGUGUGCGGCAAACCUUUCAGUCGCCACGAUUCCCUUCUGCGACAUGCACGUAAUCACGGACAGGCUAUUCCUCAGCAGCCCAGGCUUCCAGAGCAGUCAACUUCUGCCCAAAUUCCCCAAGUUGAUAAUGCAAUCUGCACCACGCCCGGGUUGGGUGAUGUCAUUGCGUUGAAUCCACUGCAAACACCUCCCAUAUUAUUAGAUACGCCGCCUUUAUCAUUGACUGACCAGCCAGAAACUGGGAAUGUACCUACAUCUACUUUUUCUUCGAGUGCUGGGGAAAAUGAGCGCCUUACUAUGCUAGAAGCAAACGGAAUUGAUCCGACGGUUGACAAGGCACACGGACGGGUUUCACGGCAUCCGGGGCCGGCAACCAGCCCUCCCAGUGGCUCUCUAGGUUCCCUAGGUCCACUGGAUAAUGGACUAAAUGGAAGCCUAGAUUAUCAGGGCUAUGAUUGGACACUUGAAAAUAUGACACAGAUUCCCACCUGGCUCGCUACUGAUGACUUUGAUAUCAACGCACUAAAUGCUGCCAUUUAUGCAUCAACCAACAUACCAGCGUUGUUACAAAACUCGGCAACCAUGGGUCCGCUAAGCGACCCCCAGCAGACAGGCGAAAGUCUAUCAGACGGCACAGAAAAGUUCGAAGACCUAGUUUGCCGUCACUGGUUCACACAACCUGAGGCGCCAGGCACGGAUCAUGAGUUGCGAGAUCAAGCAUCAAGAGCUACCGUUGAUGAACCAUACCGACAAAGUUUGACCGAGCGCCUACAAUAUCAUGUUCCAACGGACCCGUUGCCCUCGACAGAUUUCCUAAAUAUGUGCAUACAGAUGUACUUUGCUAGAUUCAACCCCAUAUUCCCUGUAGUCCAUGCGCCAACAUUCCGACCUUCAACUGAGAACGCUUUGCUGUUACUUUCAAUUUGCUCAAUCGGCAGUCUGUUUCUAGGCACCAGACAUGGUAUUUCCUGUGGCACUAGGAUAUUCGAAACCCUCAACAAGGCGAUCCUAGCAUCCUGGGAGACAUACAUUGCAAAGGGAGAGCCCGAAAUCCGGUCUAUGUCCCAGGCGGCUUUGAUAGGCCAGGUAUUUGGUUAUUUAAGCGGGAAGCCUAGACAUCUCCUGCUGAUUCAGGUUUUCCAUGGUACCAUAAUCACGUGGGUUCGGAGAAUUCGGGUGCUUCGUAGUCAUCAGUCGACGCAUGAGAUUGAAAAAGAGGACAUUGAACGCGACCCAGAGGGAGCGUGGACUAAAUGGGUUGCCAAAGAGGAGCAACGCCGACUCAUAGCAGGAUUGGCCAUAUUGGACAGCGAAUUUGCAGACUUAUUUAAUGCAGAGCCCUGCAUCCGACGCCGGUCGUUGAAAUCCUCCAUCUCUGACGAUGAAAUUUGGAGCGCACCAACUGCAGCAGACUGGAGUCGCAGCCUCAGCCGGAAGUAUAAUUCCCAGGUUCGUUGGGACUCGAUGACAAAACAAAACAGCUUUAGAGAAUAUUUCGCCCUGGAUGAUAUUGCAGGAUCUGUAUGUGAUGCGCGUAUAUCUGAUAAUUCGUCCGUAUUACGGUCGCAGCAGAGUCUGCUUCAGGAAUUCCACUGCAAUCAUAUUGCUCAUAGAGGUUCUUCCGCUGGCCCAGAUAAUUUCUGCCUUAAGGCGUUGUGGCACGUCACAUUCCUCUCUUCCCUGGUGGAUUACGAUCGCUUGGAACUCUCAGUUGGGCGUGAGGGUCAUGAAGAGUCACAGAGGCACGUGUCUUACACUCGAGCCUGGGCAAGUUCGCGGGAUGGCUGUCGGUGCGCUGUCCAUGCAGUUCUGAUCUUUCGCUCCCUGGAGAGCCUGCCUAUAGCAAAGGAGCCACCAAUUCACGCACCUCGGUCGCUACACCGAGCCAUAUUGGUACUGUAUUGCUAUCUUCAGUUUAGGGCCACAUCCGAUCGCACAGGUGUCAGACAGAGUCCCCUCGACUUUCCAGAAUUUAAGCAGGCGGGUAUCAACUGUGAAAGGCUACUCGCGGAGGUCAAUGGCCCCGGCAUGUGGGGGCCCAAGCCUAUGCAUUCUAGUAUGCUCUGUCACUGUAUUGACCUAUUGAGACGUCUCGGACAUUGGGGCCUGGCGCGACAACAGGCGGCGAUGUGGGAGAUUGUCGUGUAUGGAUUGUCGCCAGGCUAA